AUGGAUAGGGAAAAUAAAAAACGAAAGGAGAUUGAAAAUGUAUUGGUUGUAGUUGAAGAUUUGGUCCGUCGGCAGCGCCAACAAUCUUUUCUUCUGCUCAGUUUGGCUGAGUAUUUUAGUCGGCGGAGGAGUAGUGAUGACGAAGAUGAUACAACCAUGGUUACUGACUUGUUGUGGAAGAUACCAGAGCAAAUUCGGCGUAUGGAUAGGCUAAUACGUUUAACUGACACGGACUGUGUGAACAAUCUUCGGAUGGACCGUAACUGCUUUGGACGGCUGUGUCUACUACUACGUGAGCGCAUGGGUUUGAAAGAUCGAAAAUUUACUGUUUCUCGAUAUAUUCAUGAGGUGUUAAGAGGGGUGAUUGGUCUUCAUGAGGUAUUCAUGGCUAAACCCACGCCCAUGGACGACGAUUGCGACGACCCCCGGUGGAAAUGGUUCAAGGGUUGUCUAGGGGCAUUGGAUGGAACAUAUAUCGAUGUCCGUGUUAGUGUUGGUGAUGCACCACGGUAUAGAACACGAAAGGGCCACAUCGCUACUAAUACUUUGGCCGUCUGUGAUCGUUUUAUGCGAUUUGUCUAUGUCCUAACUGGUUGGGAGGGAUCAGCAGGUGACUCUCGUGUUCUACGCGAUGCUGUCACACGGGAAGUUGACAAACUACGAGUCCCUAAAGGCUGUUAUUACUUGUGUGAUAAUGGAUAUGCAAACAGCGAAGGAUUCCUCACACCAUUCAAAGGGGUGCGGUAUCACUUGAAGGAGUGGGGACCUUCUGCGCAUAAGCCGCAAAACCCUACAGAAAUGUUUAACAUGAGGCACACCAUGGCGCGGAAUAUCAUCGAACGUGCUUUUGCAGUAUUGAAGAUGAGGUGGGGGAUAUUACGCAGUGCCAGCUUCUACCCGAUCACAACACAAACGCGUCUCAUAAUGGCAUGCUUCAUUCUGCACAAUUUCAUUCGGAGCCAAAUGCAAGUUGAUCCAGUUGAGUUGGAACUUAGUGAUGCAAAUGUGAACCUUGAAGACCUUGAAGAUAUAAAUGGGGACAUUUCAGCAGGGGCGGAAGGAGAUGCUGUGGAGUAUGUAGAUGCAGUUGAAUCUACUCCAGCAUGGAACCAGACCAGGACAGAGAUAGCCGAGUUUAUGUGGAAUAAUGCGUAG